GCUAACCGGCGGGUUCAGGAAACACCAGGCAUGGAUAAGGCCAUGAAACCAAGCUAAAACCCACAAAAAAUACGCCCAAGAAAAAUAAUUGAAAAUAUUCAGUUUCUGUCACCAAAAUCCUCGAACUUUCAUGAUACCCAGAAAAGUUUAGCCCCCAAAAACCCAACUUUGAGUCGAAGUUGUUCAUGGAGUCUGGGCCAUUAGUGAUUGGCUUCAAUUCCGUGAGGCAUACUCGAAGCAUUAGAAAGAUUUUGAUUUAUCUGCGCCAAAUUCCUCUCUUCUGAAACACAAACUUAAGAGUUAACCACAAAAAAACCCAACUUUAAGUCUGUUCUUAAACUUUGAGAGGUACCCUUUGUGAUUAGCUUGUGUUUUCCGAGCCGAAGUGAGAAAUUGAGCAAAAGGGUAGCUUAGUUUUGGAGGCUGCAUGAGUGGGCAAGAGCCCAACGGGUGUUUGAAGCCUUGGAGCCUGAAGCAACAGAAGCAAUGGCUUUGGGUUGUGGUUGCACUGCCCCUCUCUCACAAUAUUCUCUCUCCUUCAAGUCCUUCAAUUUAUUCUCAGCUUGCCAAGCUUCGUUUCCAUCGGCGCCGCCACGGCCUUCCUCUCGAAUUUGUUAUCGCAUCGCUUCUCGCCGAUGGUUGAAUUUGAACCACAUAUCUGUGGGUUCUCGUAGAUUCAAUGGUUUUAGUUCAAGGUGUUCAAUAACCAACACCGACCUACACUUCAGCCAUGUGGCUACUGAGAAUGAGGUCCAGGAGGAGACAUCAGCUGCAGAGCCUGAUUGCUCGGUCUCAAUUGUCAAUCUUAAUUCUGAUAUGCUUGAGACUGAAUCUUUGAGUUUACUAACUGAAGACACUUAUGUAGAUAGUCUCCUGACAACACUGCCCGUUUUAUCAAAAGAGGAGCAGCAUACCCUUGCAGCUACUCCGGCCCAUCCAAUGGGAUUAUAUGCUUUGUAUGCUAGUUGUCUAGCUGGGAAUUUAGUGGAGCAAUUUUGGAAUUUUGCUUGGCCCUCUGCUAUCGCAUUGAUAUAUCCAAGCCUUCUACCAGUAGCAUUCAUGGGUUUCUUUAGUAAGCUUGCAAUAAUUGCUGGAUGCCCUUUAGUUGGCACACUUAUGGAUCAUUUUCCCAGAGUACCUGCGUAUAACUGUCUUAAUAUUAUCCAGGCAACUGCUCAGUUGUUAUCUGCAGCAAUGAUAAUUCAUGCACAUUCUGUUCCUCCUUCUGUGUCAUCCCUCCUUCUCCGCCCUUGGUUCAUUGUACUUGUGCUAGCUGGGGCUGUAGAGAGGCUAUCUGGUGUAGCAUUGGGGGUUGCUAUGGAGCGUGAUUGGGUGGUGCUGUUGGCAGGAGUUAACAGGCCUAUUGCACUUGCACAAGCAAAUGCCAUUCUUAAUCGAAUUGAUCUUCUCUGUGAGAUAGCUGGAGCAUCACUUUUUGGCAUUCUUCUCUCUAAGUAUGACCCGGUAACAUGCUUGAAGUUUGCUGGAGGUUUAAUGGUGUGGUCGUUGCCUUUUGCAAUUGUUCUCACGUGCUUAACCAACAAGCUUUCUAGUGGGGUUCUUGACCGCCCUAAAUGUUCACAAACCUGUUGUAAAGCAUCCACUGAAGGACCCCUGAUUGAUACCAACGAUAUAUUGGAUAAAGGUGUGGCAGCUAUUAAACUUGGAUGGAAGGAAUACAUGCAGCAACCAGUUCUUCCUGCAAGCCUAGCCUAUGUGUUGCUUUAUUUUAAUGUUGUACUCACUCCAGGCAGUUUGAUGACAGCAUAUCUAACACAAAGUGGUUUAAAUCCAUCUAUCAUUGGGGGUUUUAGUGGACUGUGUGCUUUUAUGGGUGUUGCAGCAACAUUUGUGUCUUCAUGCCUGGUCAGGCGGCUUGGCAUUUUGAAGGCAGGAGCAGCUGGGUUAAUAUUUCAGGCUUCACUUCUUACCGCAGCUGUUGCUGUUUAUUGUAGUAGAUCUUCCUCCCAGCAGAGCCCCCUUCUUUUCUUCCUAUGUUUGAUUGUAUUAUCAAGGCUGGGACACAUGUCCUACGAUGUUGUGGCGGUACAGAUUCUUCAAACUGGGAUACCAUCAUCCAAAGCAAAUAUUAUUGGGACAACAGAAGUUGCUGUUGCUAGCCUGGCAGAGUUUACAAUGUUGGGAGUUGCAAUAGUUGUCAAUGAUGUUUCACAUUUCGGCUUUCUAGCCGUGCUGUCACUCCUAUCAGUAGUCGGGGCGGCUUGGAUGUUCUGUCGUUGGUUGUUGAAUCCAACAGAUGAACAAAGAACUCUUUUCUCUUUCGAUGCUCAGUGUCAAUAAUUUAUUAUACUUUCUGAGGCCCUGGUGCAAAGGCUGUUUGACGAAAUUCGGAACCAAGAUAUAGCAAAUACCUUUUAGGGCGCCCACAUUUUUCUAUUGAUAGAGGCAUAUGUUGGCUGUAGUGUAGGAUCCGUGACACGCCUUUGUAUCAUAUCAUAUAAAUAAUCUAUGUGGACGUCAACGAGCUCAACUUGUACAUACAUUUUGAAACAUUUGUAAAGCAUUGAUUUAUUCAAAAUCUUUUUGCUGGAGAUCAUGCUCCAAUUCGAGCCAAA